CCAAAAGUUGCCAAAAUAUCAUAUAAGAUAGUUGUAACUUGCUAAAACGACAUCUCCAACUUCUCAGCUCGAUUUAUUAGAUUUAUUGUCGAAGCUAAGAGUUCCAAAACUUCCCGACCGGAAAUGGUCGAGCGGAGCGUGCCGGAAACGCGAACAAACAUCCCAACUUAGCGAAAAAAAAAAACAAAACAAAUGCAAUGCGCUUUGGAGCGUCAUUCGCGUGUUUAUUAUUAGCGGUGCAUAAACAAGGUUACAUGGGCCCGUAUCGAUGCGUUUAAAAAGCCAACCCGUCCUGCAAGAAAAGGACGGGAGUUGAGCACGUGGGAAGUGGAUUCCGAACGCACGCACCCCCUCCCGCGCUCGCGCCCCUCCUCAAGGCGCCGCGCGCAGUCAGUCGCGCGCCGACCAUUGAAUCGGCAACACGUAUCAAAAUUUCGCGCCAGUGUGUACAGCAACCGCCCUAACGUUGUGCAGUGACCAAGUGGGAACGUUGUGAUUUGUUGUGUGACGUAUAGUUAGUGAGACAGUGUUGUGCACUAUGCGGCUGUGUGCCACGUUAUGAAUGGUCUGGAUAAGUGCUUCUUCGAUCAGCGUGAGUCUCAGCAACAUGGGGAUGAGUGCAGCUACAGUUAUAUAAGCCUGGGCCGGCUCCACCCGUACGGCUCGGGCAGCGGCAGCGGCUCCAGCUGCGGCAGCGGGCGGCGCGCGCGCAGCCGAGGGCUGUCCGACUCGCCCGCGCCCACCACGCCCACCUCCACCGACAACGCGUCCGACGCCACGCUCACCGACUCGGAGCUGCCCACGGCGAGGGAUUCUACUCUGCUUGUGCACAACGGCAUGCUGAGAUCUACAUACGACCGCUCAGACCACGAACGCUGCUUACUGGACGGGACGCGCCCACCACCCGAUGUGCCACCGCGCAACCCGACCAUGUCGCGACUGAACGGCCGCAUCACCGGCAACCCCGCCGACUUGGCCGACUUCGAGCCCUCGUGCCUCGUGCGCACGCCCUCUGGCAACUUUUACGUGCCUUCAGGCGACAUACAGAAGAAUCCAUCGAUGGAUUACAAAUCAAACUCCUCGUGUAGUAGUCCAGGCAAGGACAAGAGCACCCUCGAGAGGAUGGACCGUAACGAGCGGCACCCCGCCUUCGGGGCUCCGGUCCCGGUCCUCCCCGUGAGGAACAACCUGCGGGCGACCCACUUCCCCCCGGCUGCCUCGCGGUUCCACUUUAGGAAAGGCCUCUCUUCUAGAUGUUCCUGGAAGUGUACUGCUGUAGUGUUCAUAGUGUUGUUCGUUCUUCUUUUAGCAAUUGCGUCUUAUACAUCAGCAUCAUACUUCGUGACCUCAUAUCAUAACGCGAACCCAUGUUCAGUGGUCGUUGGCGAGUCCACUGAGGUGUUUCCGGCGUCGAAAGCGACGACGCUGGAGUCCAACAAGUCUCUAGUACGACCGCACCAGACGCCGGCCACUGGCUCAGGUAAACGCGCUCGCCGAAGUGUCGACGAGCAUGCUAGUGAACCACCUUCUCUUUCUUCUUCGGACUCUUCCGCUGUAGAUAUGCAUGAGCUAAUCACGCCUUCUGUGGACACCUUUAGUGUAGUGCAUGGUGUAUCUGAAGGCGAUGAAGACCGGGGCAACGUUCAUGUGUCUAGUGUAAGUGUAGAUAACACUGGUGUGCUAACCGAUGUAGAGCUUAAAUCCACAAUCAACAUUGAACUCGGAACGACAACCGACGUACCGCUUAUUAUUAAAACAACGACGCUUAAUAACCCUCCUGCGGACAAUACUGAAACUAAUAACCCAACUACAGAAACGACUACUGAGGCUAUAGAAGCAAAAACGGAAGUUAAUCAUACCGUGGAAGCUAGUACCGAAACUAACAAACAGUUUACUAGUACUGAUGUGGUGAACGUAGUAACUAACGAGCCUGAUUCACUCAUUAAUAUACCGCCAGAGAUUGCGCCAAAAACAAAAAUCGAUCAUGAUAAUAUCGCUUAUGAACCUGAAGCCAUGCAAAGUGAUUCACUUUCGUCCGUUUUGUGGCGAGGAUUGCAAAGAGUUAAAUAUUUAAAGUUAGAAUCACAAUUAGAAGAAGUGAACGAGGAACUGCAUAUUAAAAUCAGUGAACCUGAGGAUAUUGAUAAUGAACUUGAGAAAUUACAUUAUGAUACUGAACGGAAUGAAGACCAGAUUGUUACAACAUCAACUAUAACUGCAGUACCAGUAACACCUGCAGGGCCAACCAUUUCCGAAACCAAAACUAAAAUAACUACCAUAUCUUCGUCAAGUGAAAUUAAUAAAGCACCUGAAAAGCAUGUUAUGAUUUCCACGGAACCAUCACUGAGUGUUACUAACUUUAACAACCCAAUAGAUAGUAAUUCAACUGAUAACAUAGAUGCCGAAGGAUCUACUGUAAAUUUUUCCGAAUCCAAAACCCCGGAUAUACCUAACUCAAAACAUGUAAUGAUUAAUCUUACAAUAUCGGCCGAUGGCGCAGACAACUCUGCUUACAAACCGCUUUAUUCGUUGACAGUGAAAGUACCUACAGAUGGCGAAAGCAAUGAGUUGCCAAGUGUUCGCAUAACUCCAGUAGAUGUGGCACCAACCGAAUCGACUUUCAACAACCCGAGAACAAUAGAAUCGACAUUGAAACCAAUGACAUCAGCACCACCUAAAACUAUUUUUGAAGGAGGAACUUGUGAAUGCACUUGUCCGGUAUGCGAUGGGUCGGGAGACGGCUCAUAUGACGAUUAUUAUGAUAAACCGACUACUGACAAGUCGGGCUUCGAAGAGACUUCAAAAACUACAGAUAUCUUCUCUACCGUAAAUUAUAAUACGACCGAAACGACUACAGAAGGUGAAACGUCAACCUAUGAAAAAACCAGCGAAGUGGCAUCUACACUGACUGACUCGACUGACUCCACAACUGACCUCACCACGGAAACAGCUACCGAAUGCCCGACCACCACUGAAGCACCGAAAUGUGUAUGUCCAAAGGUUACUCCACCACCCAUACUUAUCUUGGAAGGUGCGCGAACAUUCCCCGCACAAUCGUUCCCGCCAGACGGGACGACAUUCAAACAAAUUAACUUAGGUGACAAAUUAUCAGAAGAAAUCCCUCCAUAUAGUUACUGGAACAUGCAGUUCUAUCAAUCAGAAGCUUCUUACGUCAAGUUUGACUACAUGAUACCUCGGGGAGCGUCAAUUGGCGUGUAUGCGAGGCGAAAUGCUUUGCCCACUCAUACGCAAUACCACUUCCUGGAAGUCCUUAGCGGUUUCAAGGCGAGAUCCACGAGAGCUUCACAUCCAUCCGUAAAGAAAGAAGUAACGCAUUACAUGGAGCAAGGCCACUGGUUCCUAUCGCUUUACAACGACGACGGCGACCCCAGGGAAAUAUCCUUCAUCGCGGCGGUGGCUGAAGACAUGACCCAUAAUUGCCCCAACGGCUGCUCAGGCAAGGGCGAGUGCCUUAUGGGCCAUUGCCAAUGUCAGCCAGGAUUCGGAGGAGACGACUGUAGCGAGAGUGUAUGUCCAGUUCUAUGCAGUCAACGCGGCGAAUACAUAAAUGGUGAAUGCCAGUGCAACCCCGGCUGGAAGGGCAAAGAGUGCUCCCUCCGACACGACGAGUGCGAAGUGCCGGACUGCAACGGCCACGGCCACUGCGUGAACGGAAAAUGUUCUUGCGUGAGAGGCUACAAGGGGAAAUUCUGCGCCGAGGUCGACUGCCCACACCCGACUUGCUCGGGCCAUGGUUUCUGCAUCGAAGGAGCCUGUGUGUGCAAGAAAGGGUGGAAAGGCCUGGACUGUGCGACUAUGGACAAAGACGCGCUUCAGUGUCUGCCGGACUGCUCUGGACAUGGGACCUUUGAUGUUGACACGCAAACUUGCACGUGCCAUGCCAGGUGGUCGGGCGAGGACUGCUCCAAAGAGGUGUGCGACCUCGACUGCGGCCCGCACGGCAGAUGUGUGGGAGAGUCAUGCGUCUGUGACCCCGGCUGGACCGGCGAGUUUUGCACGUCCAAACUCUGCGAUGCGCGCUGCAGCGACCACGGACAAUGCAAGAAUGGAACCUGCCUCUGCGUGUCUGGCUGGAACGGGAGACAUUGCACGCUGGAGGGCUGUCCACGAGGCUGUGCCGGCCACGGGCAGUGCCGAGUGGCCAACGACGGCCACUGGGAGUGCAAAUGCUUCGAUGGCUGGGACGGCCCCGACUGCACAACGUUGAAAGAGCAGAUUUGUGAUGAUGGAAAGGAUAAUGAUAAAGAUGGCCUUGUGGACUGCGAAGACCCGGAAUGCUGUCAAUCCGCCGCCUGCAAGGGCAGCCAGCUCUGCGUGUCAUCUCCCAAGCCCACCGACAUCCUGCUGCGGAAGCAGCCGCCCGCCAUCACGGCGUCCUUCUUCGAGAGGAUGAAGUUCCUCAUCGACGAGGGUAGUCUGCAGAACUAUGCCAAACAAGAGACCUUCAAUGAGAGCCGUUCCGCGGUGCUCCGAGGCCGCGUGGUCACCUCGCUGGGCUCCGGGCUGGUGGGCGUGAGGGUGUCCACCUCCACGCCGCUAGAGGGCUUCACGCUCACGCGGGAUGACGGGUGGUUCGACCUGCUCGUGAACGGCGGUGGCGCGGUCACCCUACACUUUGGACGGGCGCCGUUCAAGCGCUCCUCGCAAGUUGUCUUCGUGCCUUGGAAUGAGGUUGUGAUAAUCGACUCGGUGGUGAUGACGACUGCGGACGAGAAGGGCGGGUCGGGCCCGCCGCAGGCGUGCCUGGCGCACGACUACGACGCCAUGAAGCCCGUGGUGCUCGCCACGUGGAAGCACGGCUUCCAGGGCGCCUGUCCCGACAAGAGCGCCAUACUCGCCGAGUCACAGGUCGUUCAAGAAAGUCUCCAAAUCCCCGGUACCGGAUUAAACCUGGUAUACCACAGCUCUCGGGCUGCUGGCUAUUUAUCCACCAUCCAACUUCAGUUGACGCCGGAAAAAGUACCUCCAACUUUAGCCCUCAUCCAUCUGAGGAUCACGAUCGAAGGGAUCCUGUUCGAGAAGACGUUCGAAGCCGAUCCCGUCAUCAAAUUCACGUAUCCGUGGAACCGGCUGAACGUGUAUCGGCAGAGAGUGUAUGGAGUCACAACGGCGCUGGUGAAAGUUGGCUACCAGUACACGGACUGCAAGGACAUCAUCUGGAACGUGCAGACGACGAAACUGAGCGGGCACGAUAUGAGCAUAUCUGACGUCGGCGGUUGGAAUCUCGAUAUUCAUCAUAGAUACAAUUUCCAUGAGGGUAUCCUGCAGAAGGGCGACGGCACGAACACGUACCUGAAGCACAAGCCGCGGCUGAUCAUCACGGCCAUGGGCGACGGGCGGCAGCGCGGGCUGGAGUGCUCGCCGUGCUCGGGCGCGGCGCGCCGGCAGCGGCUGCUGGCGCCCGUGGCGCUCGCCGCGGCGCCCGGCGGCGCGCUCUACGUCGGCGACUUCAACCUGGUGCGCAAGAUCCAGCCCGACGGCGAGGUCGUCACCCUCGUCAAACUCAACGCCACUCGAGUCUCCUACCGGUACCACAUGGCUCUGUCCCCGCUCGACGGCAUGCUGUACAUCUCGGACCCGGAAUCCCAUCAGAUCAUUAAAGUCCGCAACACCGAGGACUACAGCGACCCCGAGCACAACUGGGAGACGGUGGUCGGCUCCGGCGAGAGAUGUCUGCCCGGAGACGAGGCCCACUGCGGCGACGGUGCUCUAGCCCGAGAUGCCAAGCUGGCCUACCCGAAAGGAGUAGCGGUCUCCAUCGACAACGUCCUAUACUUCGCCGACGGAACUAACAUUCGUAUGGUCGACAGAGAUGGCAUCAUCACCACGGUCAUCGGCAAUCACAUGCACAGAGCGCACUGGAAGCCGAUCCCUUGCGAAGGCACCUUAAGCGUAGAGGAAGUCCAUUUGAGGUGGCCCACGGAACUCGCGAUUAAUCCUUUGGACAACAGCCUUCAUAUUAUCGACGACCAUAUGAUUCUACAGAUGGCUCCGGAUGGCAGGGUCAAAGUGAUCGCUGGACGUCCCCUGCACUGCCCGUCGCCGCUGACCGGCUAUGAUAUGGAACUUGCUACUUAUGCUACUUUGGUGAUGCCGCAGAGCAUUGCCUUCGGAGCUGCCGGUGACUUGUACGUAGCUGAAAGUGAUUCUCAAAGAAUAAAUAGAGUUCGUUUGAUAACUACUGAUGGCAAAAUCUCCCUUUAUGCUGGCGCGGAAUCUAAGUGCAACUGUUUGGAACGUGGCUGCGAUUGCUUCGAGGCGGAUCAUUUCCUAGCUUCCAAUUCCAAAUUCAAUACGAUCUCAGCCGUGAUUGUGAGCCCGGACGGCAUCGUGCACAUAGCAGACCAAGCGAACUACAGAAUCCGAUCAGUCAUGGCUAGUAUACCCGACGCCAGUGGUUCGAGAGAGUAUGAGAUAUAUUCUCCCGAUACGCAGGAAGUUUACGUUUUCAACAGAUUUGGCCAGCACAUAAUGACGAAGAACAUUCUGACCGGAGAAAAUAACUAUGUGUUCACUUACAACGUAAACACCAGCAACGGCAAGUUGAGCACAGUUACCGACGCGGCCGGUAACAAAGUCUUCCUCUUACGUGAUUAUGCCAGCCAAGUCAAUUCGAUAGAGAACACCAAGGGACAGAAAUGCAGACUCAAGAUGUCCAGAAUGAAAAUGUUACAAGAAUUACGAACACCUGACAAUUUCAAUGUAACAUUCGACUAUCACGGUACCACCGGUUUACUUAAGGCUAAAUACGAUAGCACCGGACGCAGCUAUAUCUACAAGUAUGAUGAGUUCGGUAGACUGACUUCAGCCGUUACCCCGACCGGCAGAAUCAUAAACCUGACCUUCGACCUGAGCCUUAAAGGUGCCACGGUUCUGGUGAGCGAAAACAAUAAGAGACCCAUUUCUAUUCUCAUUAAGGGUUCUUCUGUUAACACUAAGGUCGGAGAAGCAGAAAAGAAGACAAUCAUUUCUACGGACGGUAGCAUCUCCACCAGUAUGCCGUGGGGACAUGUAAUUUCAACGGACACAGUUCCGUACACAAUUCUCUCCGAAAUAGAUCCCAUUUUAGGCGAAAGCUACCCCGUGCCCGCGAAGCAGAGAACUGAAGUUGGCGGUGAUUUAGCAAACCGAUUUGAAUGGAGAUACUUCUUGCGCAGAUUGCAAUCUAACAAAGGAAAGAGCAGCAAAGCCGUGGCCCAGAUCGGUCGCAAGCUGAGAGUGAACGGUGAGAACCUUCUGACGCUCGAAUACGAUAGAGACUCUUCUACUGUAGCCGUGUUCAUGGAUGAUAAGGUGGAGUUACUGAACGUCACGUACGAUAGAACUGCCAGGCCCGUGAAGUGGGGACCGCGGAAUGGUAUCUUCGCCGAGGUUGAACUGGAGUAUGACAGGUUCAGCCGACUCACAAGCUGGAGAUGGGGCGAUCUUAAUGAAACCUACGGAUUCGACCGAGCUGGCCGAUUGCACGAGAUCAAAUAUGGCGACGGGUCUUCCUUGGCCUAUUCCUUCAGGGACAUGUUUACUAGUCUUCCACUAAAGGUCACGACUCCUAGAGGCAGCGAUUAUCUGUUAGACUACGACGAUUCUGGCGCGCUCCAGAACCUGACCACGCCAAGAGGACACAUCCACACCUUCGCACUUAUGACUUCACUAGGCUAUUUCAAGUACCAAUAUUUCUCGCCGAUGAACAGACAUCCUUAUGAAAUCCUGUACAACGAUGACGGACACAUUCUGGCUAAAAUCUUCCCGCACCAAUCUGGUAAGAUAUUGUACGUGUACGACCAGGCGGGCAAGUUGGAGACGAUAUUGGCUGGCGCGUCCGCUAUCCGCUACGUGUACCACGAAAAUACUCACCUGGUGAAGAAUGUGGAAAUAACGGACCCCGAUUACGAUCUCAAACAGGACUAUAAGUACCACGCCGGCAUUCUCAAAGACGAGAAGGUGAAAUUCAACUCCAAGAGUGGUCUUAACAAUGCCCACUUAAAAUAUCAAUAUGAUGGCAACGCCAGGCUUUCAACGAUUGACGUUAACAUUAACAGCAAGGAAAUGCCCCAGUUGAGGCUGAAGUACAACCAAAACUUGGGUACCUUAGAAGGAGUAAGCGACUUGAGGAUCUACAGGAACACGUUCAAUCGAUCCGUCAUGCAAGACACGAGCAAGCAAUACUUCACCAUCACCGACUACGACGACCACGGCAGAAUAAAAACGGUGCUCAUGAAUAUUAAAUCAUUCGAUGUCUUCCGCCUCGAACUUGAAUACGACGCCAGAAACAGAAUCAAGUCUAAAAAGAUGCUGAUCGGCGAUACGUCUUCCAGCGAACGAAUCAGUUACAACUUCGACGGACAUCUCAUGGAAGUGGUCGGCUCCGAAGACGAUUGGAAAUACGUUUACGAUGAGAACGGUAACGUCAUUGGUGUGAUCGAGCACGGUGAGAAGCGGUACCUGGGCUACGAUAUCGGCGACAGGGUCGUCCAGUACGGCGACAUUGAGUUCAGCAGCUACGACGGCCGAGGCUUCGUUAUCAGGAGGGGAGAACAGAAAUACCGCUACAAUUCCCGAGGACAGUUCGUGCAUGCCUUCGAAAGGGACAAAUUCCAGACGUGGUACUACUACGACAACAGAAACCGUCUGGUCGCCUGGAAGGACGAUAAGAAUAACGUCACCCAAUUCUUCUACACCAAUCCUCAAACUCCUAAUCUGAUCACACACAUGCACUACCCUAAAGCCGAGAAGACCGUGAGGUUCCUGUACGACCAGCGAAACUUCCUUACUUGCAUAGAAACGGAAGACCAGAGGUUCUAUGUUGCCACAGACCACAACGGCUCGCCGCUCGUAGUGUUCGACGUGAACGGCGAAAUCAUAAAGGAAAUCAAACGCAGCCCCUUCGGAAAGAUAAUCAAAGACACCAACCCCGGUUUCUACGUGCCCGUAGACUUCCACGGCGGUAUAUUUGAUUACAACACGAAUCUCGUCUAUCUGGACAACAGGCUGUACGACCCGAUAGUAGGGCAAUGGAUGACGCCAAGCUGGGAACACUUGGCGACUAAACUCAGUCUUCCAACGGAUAUUUUCAUCUACAGAUUUAAGAACAACGAUCCGAUAAAUAAGAACCAGAACGUGCCGUACAUGACGAACCUGGGCAGCUGGCUGGAGCUGUACGGCUACGACUUGAGCAAGAUGAUGGGAUCGAGGUACAUCGCCGACAUGAUCUUCCAACCGAUAACUUCCGUGACGGCGCCGCAUUUGGCGCCCGAUUUCGGUGUGAUGUCUGGUCUUCAGUGCAUCAUUGAGAAGGUGAACGACAAACUGUCGGACAUCGACUUCGUGCCGACGCCGCUCCUCAAGAUGGAGCCGAUCACGCGCAACCUGCUGCCGCGCGUGUCGUACAAGCGCGGCGUGUUCGGGUCGGGCGUGCUGAUCUCGCGCGUGGACGGCCGCGCGUACAUCAGCGUGGCGGACGGCGCUAACAGCGUCGUCGAGGACGUCAUCACCACAGUAUUCAACAACUCCUACUUCCUCGACGUACACUUCAGCAUACACGAUCAGGACGUCUUCUACUUCGUCAAAGAUAAUUCGCUGAAGAUCAGAGAUGAUAUGGAGGAGCUGAGGCGGUUGUCUGGGAAGUUCAACGUGUCGCAGGAUGAAACGAAUGACCAAGGCUUAGAGGUCCGCGUGCACGCGGUGGGCAAGGGGUCGGCGCAGGCGGUGAUCGUACUGCGGUACGGCGUGGAGCCGGCGGCGGAGCGGCUGAAGCUGCUGAAGCACGCGCACAAGCGCGCGGCGGCGCGCGCCUGGGAGCGCGAGAAGGCGCUCGUGGCGGCCGGCUGGGAGGGCCGCGGCGCCUGGACCGAGGAGGAGAAGGAGGAGCUCAUCUCGCACGGCGUCGUCGACGGCUGGGCCGCCCGCGACGUGCACUCCGUCUCCAGGUACCCGCAGCUGGCCGACGACCCCGCCAACAUCGUCUUCGUCCGCGACGGACGGCGGAAACGGAGAAAGAGCGGCCGCUCGCGACACCGCUCGUGAUCUGUCUGAACGUGCCAUGACGACCCCGUUUCGAAUUUGGAACGUUCCGGAUUCGUAACGGCUUAGAUUUAUUUUUAUAGGACUGAAGCUGUCGGCCUUUUGGGGAUGAGUUGUGAUGGAAGUGAUCGGAUAGCGGGAUAUUGUGAAGGGAGAGUAGGAAUGUUUCCGGAUCGAUCCGAUGUGGGAAGAUUACGUUUAUAGGCCAUAGUGGAGCGUUUCGUUACCCGCUUUGCGUACUUAGGCGAGUCAAUUAUUUUGAUCCCCUUGUUGUAGCUUAUUUCUAAUAUAUUUUCGCCCUAUACUCAUUCUCGGACUGAAAAAACGAAUCUCACGAACGACUCUCACAGGGUACCGGGUCAUAAAGAUAAAAUAAUAAUAAAGAUAUAAUAAUGAACGAUGAACUGAACAUAAUAAACCAAAAUACUCAUACGAUCACAAUUUUUAACCCUUUUAAAGAUUAUUUUAGUAGUACCUACAUAUUUUUAUCGAUAUACUCUCGUCACUUAGAAUUAUUAUUUACACGAAAAUGUAGCCCUAUCACAUUGUAGCCAAAUAUCUCAUGCUAUCCAUAUUGUAAUUUGGUUAAUUGUAAAUACUAUUUUUAUUAGUCUCGUAGUUGUUCCUUUAAAUAUUAGACCUAAGGUCUUUUUUUACUUCGCAAUACUAUUACUAUUUAAGCAAUAUUUUAUACCUAAUGUUUUUUAUAAAAGCGCCUCUGACAUGAAAUCGAAAGACCCCAACGCUAGCUACUCUACUCUAGACUCUAGAACCUCGUCGGUAGGUCGAG